AUGAAGAGGCGCUCGUCGGGUUCGACCGACGACAGCGACGAACCUCCCCCCGACCCUCCUGCUGCUGCUAUCCAACUUCAACAUCAACACCAAUACAGACAGCUUGCCCAAGGGCGCAAUUCUGCACCACCACCUCACGCUCCUAAGCAGUCCGCUAUCGCUGCCGCCGCCGCUCCCGCAGUUGCCGGCGCCUCGAGACCGUCGUCCGCAAGGAGUAGACGCUCAAACAACCCCAAUUGGAAGCUCGAACAUGGCCUGGAUGCGAAUGGAUCGCCCGAGAACCAUUCCUUAAUUGCGUCUUCAUUGCCGCCGCCGCCGCCCCUCUCGUCUCCGCCCCUGAACGCGCUAUCGCCAGCAUAUCGAGACAACCAACGACAACUCCCGAACCGCAACCACUCCCAAGCUCCCGGUGCCGAACGCCAGCUCCACCAGGACGUCGCCAGCCUGCAAGACGACCAAGGCGGUCGCGACGACACCCCUCCAGACGAUCAGAUGGCAAUGAAUACCGAGAAGAUGCCCGACGUGCGCUUCGUAGGCCGCCGCUCCCGAUCUCGCGGCCCCUGGUCCAUCACCAUUUUCGCUCUGGCUGUUACUGUUUUUGGCAUUACUCUGCUCUGCGCCAUCUUGAAUUCGUCAUGGACUCGCCAGCUCGACGCGAAGGGAUGCCGCAUGUCAUACAUGCGGCCCUCUUACAUUCGCCUGCGUGACUUCGACACCGAACACACCCGCUUUGCGACAAAGUACUCGCUGUACCUGUACCGUGAGCAGGGCGUCGACGACGAAAGAAAGUUGCGAGGUGUCCCUGUCCUCUUCAUCCCAGGUAACGCUGGAAGCUACAAACAAGUUCGACCGAUAGCCGCCGAAGCUGCAAAUUACUACCACGAGUCUCUCCAACACGAUGAAGCUGCUGCCGCCGCCGGCGCUCGAAGCCUUGACUUUUUCACCGUUGACUUCAACGAAGACAUAACAGCCUUUCACGGGCAGACUAUGUUGGAUCAGGCAGAGUACUUGAACGAGGCCAUCAGGUACAUUCUGUCUCUGUACAUGGACCCGCGCAUGUCUGCGCGUGAUCAAGACUUGCCGGAUCCCACGUCUGUUCUCGUUCUCGGUCACUCAAUGGGUGGUAUAGUUGCGCGCACCAUGCUCAUCAUGCCAAACUACCAGUCCAACUCGAUCAACACCAUCAUUACCAUGUCUGCUCCCCACUCGCGUCCUCCUGUGAGCUUUGACGGGCAGAUUGUCAAGAUAUAUGACGAUAUCAACGACUACUGGCGCCAUGCCUACUCUCAGAAGUGGGCUAACAACAACCCACUGUGGCACGUUACUCUUGUUUCGAUUGCUGGGGGUGGCUUAGACACCGUGGUCCCAUCCGACUAUGCUAGUGUCGAGUCGAUAAUUCCUGAGACGCACGGUUUCACCGUCUUCACCACCGGCAUUCCUGGUGUCUGGACCAGUAUGGAUCACCAGGCUAUUCUGUGGUGUGAUCAGUUCCGCAAAGUCGUUGCUCGGGCCAUGUACGACGUCGUUGAUGUCCACAGAUCUUCGCAAACGAAACCGAGGGCAGAGAGGAUGAGAGUCUUUAAGAAAUGGUUUCUUACCGGCAUGGAAUCCAUCGCGGAGAAAACUCUACCUUCCGAAGGGCCAAGCACGCUGCUCACUCUCGAGGACAACUCCAACGCGAUUAUGGCGCAAGGCGAGCGCCUAGUUCUGCGGCAGCUUGGACGCGACCCGAAACCGCGGGCACAUUUACUUCCAGUGCCUCCUCAGGGGUCCCCAGAAGGCAAGCGUUUUACUCUUCUGACUGACACCACGUUGGAUGGGCCGGGAGAACAUGGGAAACUGGAGAUCUUGUUCUGCAGCGUUUUCCCGCUGCAGCCUGGCCAAGCGACAACCUUGUUUUCCAUGAACAUGGAUCUCUCAGGAGACAGCACCGGGUCGACCAGGUUGGCAUGCAAGAACGCUGCGCCCGACGCUAUCUUGCUCCCUGCUUCGACACGAUCGCGUCAUGAACCGUUUUCCCUGGACAACGAGCCGGUAGCGAAGCCCUUCUCAUAUCUUCAGUUCGACAUUGAAGACAUCGCCGAUCACCAAUUUGUGGCCAUUGUGGAUAAAGCUGUCAAACCGACUCAAAGCUUUGUUGUAGCCGAGUUCAGCGACAACUCGCAGUCCCACAGGCGGCGCAAUAUCAGUCUACGCAGACUUUUCGCUUUUGGUAUGACAUUGCGACUUCCAUCGAACCGUCCCAUGGUUGCGGAAAUCAACAUCCCCACGCUCCAAUCCAGCCUUCUGGCUUACAAUCUGGAAAUUGGCAACCAAGCGUGCGGCACCACUUCAGAGCUCUUCUCUCCCCUGAUUCGACAGUACCUGGCUCAGCCGUACGAGUCCAAGUUCUUCGUAAACGCGAGGCAUGCAAGCAUCAGUAUGCACGGAGUAGCCCCCUUUGUUCCGCCCCCCUUGAGGCAUAAGGAGCAUGAUGAGCAGGGUCUGAGCCUUCAAUUCUGGACUGACCCGACAUGCGAAUCUACUAUCCAAGUCAAGCUGACGAUCGACGCAUUGGGCAGUUUGGGCAAGCUAUACAUGCGCUAUCGAACGGUAUUCGCAGCUUUCCCACUGCUCGUGGUGACCCUCGUGCUUCGCAAGCAGUUCCGGGUAUACGACACCACUGGCACAUUCAUCUCUUUUUCCGAGAGUCUCGACCUCUGUUUGCGGCAGUCGCUACCCCUUAUGCUUCUCUCUCUGACGUUCCUCUCCCUGUCAAUGACAGGAUCCUGGUCGUCGGGGCCGGGUGUACUCUGGCACUGGCGGAAUACAACGUCAACUGCGACCGACUUUCACAGCAACGACCUUCUGACGGGUACUCAGGAUCCUUUCUUCUGGUUCUUAAUCCCCCUAAUCGGAGUUGUCUGUAUCGGCGUGUGCGCUGUUCUUCACUAUAUUACCCUGGCCUUGACUCAGCUCCUUGGAUUCGUCUACGCGUCGGUGGCUCUUCGACCCUUCGGCCAGGCGCGAGAUGAGCGCCGACGAGCGCAGCUACCACUUUUCGCCGCUUCGUCGCCCCGACGGCGCAUGGUCACCACGGCUGUCCUUUUGUUUCUAGUGUCUACCUUCAUACCCUACCAAUUCGCUUACUUGGUAGCAUGCCUCGUCCAGCUGUUCACCGUUGUCCGAGCUCUCCGAAUUGCUUCGGAGCUCAAGUCUGGGCCGAACUUCGACUUCUACCACUACGCCCACUCAAUACUGCUGCUCAUGCUUUGGGUCCUUCCUAUCAACCUGCCGAUAUUGGCCGUGUGGAUUCGCAACCUCUCAGUUCAUUGGCUUACACCAUUCUCCUCGCAUCACAAUGUACUCUCCAUCAUGCCCUUCAUACUUCUUGUGGAGAACUUGACGACGGGCAAGAUGGUGCCUAGAGUCACCGGCAGAAUGAGGCAUCUUACAAGUGUGCUUCUGUUUGGCACAGCCAUUUAUGCUGCCAUUUACGGCGUUUCAUACGCCUACAUGCUACACUACCUUGUCAACUUGAUAGCUGCAUGGUUAGUGGUGAUCCACUCAACAAAUGAUAACUGGCCCCUCGCCGGCUUCAGUUCAAUCUUCGAGAACAGUCACCUCGAAGGCCGCAAGCGUGGUAAGACACCAUGA